UUUAAUGCUUGUUGACUGCAAAAACUAUUUUUAAAAACAUUUUAAGGGGGUAAAUACGUACUGAAUAAAGUUAGUUAGAAUGCACGGUUUUCCAACCCUGAUAAACAGACCUUUUGGUCUGAAAGUCAGUGAUCCAAGAGGGAAAAUGAACACACCAGCAUGAAGGGAAUGUAAGAGUUGUUCAUCAGCAAAGCCUUGAAUUACACGACUAGCCUUUAUGUGGAUUUCAGAGCGAGAUCAGAGCUGACUUCCUUCACAUCAUAUAAACACUGAGAAAUAUUUUACUGCAUUAAUCCAUCUAAAAGUACAUGUAUUAAAACGAGCUGCAGUUCUUCCAUGCAAACGCGUUCAAAUGUACAAAUUUGCAUUGGUGAAAGGGAUUUCGUUUUUAAUUUGCUCUAACAGUUUGCAGCAGGUUUAAUUUUUUUGCAUACAUGGGGAUUUUUUCUGCAUGUACAUGCUUUGUGAUGUAUCUUACAAUCCACACAAAUACUGCUAUAAACAAUGAAUAAUGCAAAAGAUAGCAGGUCAUGUCAGUGCAUUGUCUGCAAUCAUCUGCUACACGUGCUGUUUGUAUCCACGGGGAGUACGGAGACGAGCUGCUCGUUGUAUUUAUGAAAUAAUGCCGUGAUGAUCAACUAAAACCGAGAACGCCAUUUGCGUGGCGUGCAAAUCCAUCUGGUAGUGAAGCGCCUCGUAGACAGGACAGGGGCCAGGCACGUUGCUGGGCGAAAGCUACUAAACUGUUUGCGUGAAAAAAAAAUUGCAGUUGCACAUGAUUAUAUGGGUUGAUUUUUUUUUUUAUCGUGUGCCGGUGCACAAAUAAAAGAUGUUUCUCGGACGCCAUAUCCUGCCGCAAACAGGCCUGGUGUUUUGUUGUGAAGGCGCAGCUGGGGUGAAGCUAACGCUAGUUAAACUUCCCUAGCGAGGAAAUGGCUUCUCUGUGAGUCGAGGCAGGCUGGGUUUGGUAACCAGCUACGUAGCUAAACCUAUUUAAGGCAUCACACCAUGAAGAUAAACACGCAGCUGUUUUUCUUUUUUUUCUACAGGGAAAUCUAGUCCAGAGCUUCCAUUCCAAAUCUAACCUGGUCAUGAUGCUAGUUUACCCAAACUAACUAGCUCGCUAGCUAGUUAACCUAGCCGUGCCAUCUGGAUGAACAAUCUAGAGGUGUAAAAAAAAAAAAAAGGCACGGUAGCUAUCAGAGCCAUUGUAUCUCGUGAAUAUUGUUAGAUACAAAAUGAGUAUUUAUGUUGGCGUUCUUGACUAACACGCCGACUCUACGAUCUUUGUGUUAUUGGUAAGUUAGCUGAACACUGACUAGCUAGCAGGCAAACUACCGCUAACGCCCCGCUCUCUCUUUCUUUUAUAUUCACGCGUUUAAAAACACGCUUAUUAGACGCUUUCGUUUUUUUGUUGUUGUAACGAAUUCACGUCACACUUCGACGUACAAACAUCAAGUUGACGGUGAACAUUCGAGUCGUCUUCGUGAACUCGACUCGCCAGCGCGCACACACGCGUUAGCUGACACUCAAUGGCUGAGCUCUGCCGUGAAUAACGACUACUUUGUGGAUGAAGAGCCUUUAAUCACGCCGGAGGCGCGAGGUGGGAGUGUACAGUUAUGGAGCUGAGUAAAGACGAGGCUGCGCCGGAGGCUGACGACAGGGGGGGACAGAGAGUCAGCACAGAGAAACAAGUGCAGCGAAAUCCACCGGAGUUUUGUCCUGGACUCGUCUCCGGAGACACGCACCCGAUGUGCCGCGCAAGGGAGAGGGGCGACCUGGAGCCGAAGGCUGGCGACGCUGCCGGCGACGACGGAGACGCGACUGAAGAGACGUCGAGCAAAGCGCAGGGCGAGCGGGACCCCCGGAAUAAGAGAAGGUCCGGCAGCGGCGCCGAGGGCGCACCGGACGCCCGUCAGGGCAAGAAGAAGCACAGGCGGCGGCCGUCCAAGAAGAAGCGGCGCUGGAAGCCGUACUUCAAGCUGACCUGGGAGGAGAAGAAGGAGCUGGACGAGCGUGAGAGCGCGCGCGCGUCGCGGGUCCGCGCCGAGAUGUUCGCCAAGGGUCUGCCGGUGGCUCCGUACAACACCACGCAGUUCCUGAUGGAGGAGCAUGACCGAGAGGAGCCAGACCUGAACACGGAGCGCUGCAACCGCAGGUCUUUCGGCGCAAAUCGCUCCGAAGACACAGCCAGCGAGGAGGACUGCUUCGAGCCUGACGACGAGGAGGAGGAGGAAGGCGACGGGGCAGAAGGAGGAGAGAGCGACGGCAUGGGCCGAGCCGCUGGCGCAGGCGGAGAGUUUCUGCAGCGGGACUUUUCCGAGACUUACGAGCGGUACCACGUAGAGACGCUGCAGAAUAUGUCCAAACAGGAACUGGUGAGGGAGUACCUGGAGCUGGAGAAGAGCAUGUCGCGCCUGGAGGAGGAGAACAACUGGCUGCGGCGCGCGCGGAGGAACCCAGCUCCGGCGGGCGAGAGCGCGCAGCGCGUGCACGAGCUCGAGCGCGAGCUGGAGAGACUGAAAGCGCUGAACGGCGAGCUGCUCUUCCACUGCCGCCGCGCCGCGGGACCCGCCGUGAACGGAUCCGCCGUCUCGGAGCCCGAGAGGGUACACGCCGAGGACACGGACACACAGUGACUGGACACUUCGAGUUGUUUCCUUCUUUCUUUCCAUUCUUCCCGUUCCCUCUGAUUUAUUGUCCGCUGAUUUUUAUCCGGUGUCAUACUGUAAAGCUACGGUAGUUAAUGUGAUGCGCUUUCGGCUCGAAAGGUAACGUUCAUGUAUUUUUUGGGUUUGUUUUUUUUCCUGACAAGUUUUAAAAUAUUGAAUUUGUGUGUAAAGUCCCAUUAAAAUGGUCCGUUUGUUGUAA